AUGGCGGGUGAAAAAUUUCUUUGGGCGUCCACAGUAUGGCUUCGGAUCAUGCUUGUAGCCACCGACCUAUGUUAUGCACAGUCUACCCUGCUCACAUUCCAAGAUCUUCUACCAGAAGAUCCCAAGCUGUACGACAAGAUGCGCCCUCCGAAGACCAACGAUCAGCCGACCAUCGUGAACUUCCACGUCACUGUUAUGGGCUUGGACUCUAUUGAUGAAAACUCCAUGACAUACGCUGCUGACAUUUUCUUCGCCCAAACCUGGAAGGACUAUCGAUUGAGGUUGCCCGAGAACAUGACAUCAGAAUACAGACUGUUGGACCUCGACUGGCUGAAGCACAUGUGGCGGCCGGACUCUUUCUUCAAGAACGCCAAGUCCGUCACGUUCCAGACGAUGACCAUCCCCAACCACUACGUGUGGCUGUACAAGGACAAGACGAUCCUGUACAUGGUGAAACUCACCCUCAAAUUAUCCUGCGCCAUGAACUUCCUCAUCUACCCGCACGACACGCAAGAGUGCAAGCUGCAGAUGGAGAGCCUGUCGCACACGACUGACGACCUGAUUUUCCAAUGGGAUCCAGACGUACCACUGGUGGUGGACGAGAACAUCGAGUUACCGCAGCUGGAGCUUGUGCAGAACAGAACCGCUGACUGCACCCAGGUGUACUCAACCGGUAACUUCACAUGUCUGGAAGUGAUCUUUAAGUUGAAGCGACGCCUUGGCUACCACCUCUUCAAUACCUACAUUCCGACCUGUCUCAUAGUCAUCAUGUCUUGGGUGUCGUUCUGGAUCAAGCCGGACGCGGCGCCGGCGCGCGUGACGCUGGGCGUGACGUCGCUGCUGACGCUGUCCACGCAGCACGCCAAGUCGCAGGCGCAGCUGCCGCCCGUCUCUUACCUGAAGGCGGUGGACGCGUUCAUGUCUGUCUGCACCGUGUUCGUGUUCAUGGCGCUAAUGGAGUACUGCUUAGUUAAUAUAAUUCUAGAUGACGGUGGUCGAAAACCCAAGGAACCAGCAGAAGCAGCAAAAGCGAGACUACGAGCGCUGAGCAUCGACCGCUUCUCCCGCGUUUUCUUCCCUCUACUCUUUUCUGUUUUGAACGCCACUUACUGGAUCCAGUUCGCGCAGUACAUCUGA